GGGCGCCCCCCAGUGACCGUAGGGGAGCUUUGCUCCGGGAGGCGGCGGAAGUGGCUUCGGGUUCUGGUCGCACGGAUAUGGCGGAGGAGGUGCGGCAGGAGCUCUCGGCGCUGGCCGCGAUCUUCUGCGGGCCCAACGAGUGGGAGAUGUUGAGCUGUUCAGAGACAGAUGGGGCUGUAUUUAGAAUUCGCACAACAGCUGAAGGACUUGUGGGUGAGGAUGUGCCCUUAGAGUUGGCGUUCCAUUUACCAGUUGGUUACCCUUUGUGUCUACCCGGCAUCUCGGUUAACUCGGAACAUCUGACCAGGGCCCAGUGUGAGAACUUACUUGGAGAAGCCAGGAAGCUCGUGUCAGAACCGAUGGUUCACGAGCUGGUUCUCUGGAUCCAGCAGAAUCUCAGAUUCGUCCUCAGCCAGCCAGAGACCGCCAGCAGCCAUGAGAAGUGCACUUUGCCAGAAAGCGCGAUGGUGGACGACGGACCGUGGAUGACUCUUUUGCGUUUAGAUCACAUGAGAGCGAGGACUAAAUAUGUCAAAGCCGUGGAGAGGUGGGCAUCAGAGUUAAGGCUGACAGGAAGACUGAUGUUCAUGGGUAAAUUAAUACUGAUUUUACUACAAGGAGACAGAAGCAACAUCAAGGAGUACCUGACUCUUCAGAAAACCUCCAAAGUAGAUGUGGACUCAAGUGGAAAGAAAUGCAAAGAGAAAAUGAUUAGUGUACUGUCUGAAACAAAAGUACAAACGGAACACAAAAGGUUUCUGGCGUUUGAAGUCAAAGAGUAUUCAACACUGGAGGAGUUACAAAAGGAAUUCGGAGCUGCAGGACUUGGGGAGCUCUUCUCAGAGUGUGUACUGGGGCUGGUGAAAUGAGGAAGAAAAGCGAGUCCUGUUUUAUGGAAUAUUAAACAUGAAAAGAUCCCAUAUAUUCUAACGUUUGCCAGAAAAGACUAGGUUCAAUAGACGGAUUGUCUGGAGGAGAGAGAAACCCACCACAGUAAAGGAGCUGUUGUUUUUAUAGAGACAAUUUGUUUAGAAGUCUGCAAUUUUCAGGCUAAUUUUCUUGUAAUUAAAUGAUUUCUUAAAGUGAUUUGUUUUCAUGUUUACUUUCUCAUGUUUAUGUUUUUUGCCUUUUAAUUGUCCCUUCCUCCCCAUUCUGCUUAUUAUGUUUUAAGUUGGAUGUUGAGAAAAAUCUAACACUUAUUUCUUGGUGCGGUUGCAUAAAUUGUUGGAUUAAAUACAAAACCAAGAAGUUUUACAGAACACAGUUGCUUUCUGGAGAGCUGGAAGAAUAUACAGUGAGUUCAAAUCGAAAUUCAUAUGUAAAAGAAUAAUUUCUGGUUUUACAAGGGAAAUGUGUGCAUCAAAGUGAACCCCUUUUUUUUUUCUGGAUGGAAAAACAAACCAAACUGUAGCUCUACAAUUUUCAUUGUGAAAUCUCUCAAAUAAUGGUAAAAUGUACUAUGUCCAAGGGGAGAUAAACUCGCAGCAUAAUUAUUUGUCUUAAAAUUUAUGAUGAAAAGUAAAAGGACUCUUGUGUCUGAGAAGGAUAUUUAGGUCCAUAAAGCUCCCUGGGCAUCUAAAAUAGGAGGCUGGGAUGUGAAAGAAAGGCCAGGAGAGUUCUAUCCCUGCACCUUUUGAAGACAGGCGCACCCUAACAGUGUAGGUGUUGGGGUGAUCUGAGCAUGACAAGCCCAUGCAUGCCUGAGUGUGCGUGCGUGUGUGCACAGUUGCCCCUGUAUGUAGAGGGCAAAAAUCAAUGUUGGAUGUCUUCAUCAGUUGCUCUAUAUUUUACUCUUUUUUUUUUUUUUGAGACAGGGUUUCUCUGUGUAGC